GUCAUUUAUAAAAUGUCAUUUACCCCGCUAGCGCUCGCCAUCCAUCUUCUGUUAUUUGAGAAAACCCUAGCCAACCUUUCCGCAGCUCGCUAAUGGGGGCUUACAAGUACGUGUCGGAGCUAUGGAGGAAGAAGCAAUCGGAUGUGAUGAGGUUUUUACAGAGGGUGAGGUGCUGGGAAUACCGUCAGCAUCCAGCCAUUGUUAGGGUCAACCACCCUACUCGUCCUGAUAAGGCUCGGCGCUUGGGUUACAAGGCUAAGCAGGGUUAUGUAGUUUAUCGUGUUCGAGUUAGAAGGGGUGGUCGAAAGAGGCCUGUUCCCAAAGGUAUUGUCUAUGGUAAGCCCACAAACCAGGGUGUUACCCAAUUGAAGUUCCAGCGCAGCAAGCGGUCUGUUGCAGAGGAGCGAGCUGGUCGAAAAUUAGGAGGUCUCAGAGUUGUUAACUCAUACUGGAUCAACGAGGAUUCUACUUAUAAGUACUUUGAGGUUAUCCUUGUUGAUGUUGCACACAAUGCGAUCCGCAACGACCCGAGAAUUAACUGGAUCUGCAAUCCCGUUCACAAGCACAGGGAACUUCGAGGACUCACAUCUGCAGGUAAGAAAAACAGGGGUCUGCAUGGAAAGGGUCACUUGCACCACAAGAAUCGGCCGUCUCGAAGGGCUACCUGGAAGAGAAACAACACCCUUUCCCUUCGUCGUUACCGUUGAGUUUAGUAGGCUACUUUCAGACGUAUUAAUUGCUUCUAUCUUUGUGGGAUUUUGGAAUUCCUUUUACUGAGUCUGAAAUUUUUGCAAGUUUAUUUGUGUUUGAGUUUUAUUCAAUUUCGAUGAAAAGAAAUGUCGAGUCUAUUUCAGUCUGAAA